AUGCGACAUAAAAGGGACCCAGAUGAUCAUUGCAGAUAUGUAGUAAAGCAACGAGCUCCAAAUAAGAAAGCCUAUAAUGAAAGAAUGGCAGAUUACAAAGACUGGUAUACUGAAGAAGUGUAUCAGAGUAUUGAAAAGUUAUACAAAUUAUAUUUCUUAUUCGCGAGCCAAGAAGAAGUUAUACAGAAAAAAUCUAUAGAAGAA